GCUUUUGUUGUCAUGAUAAAGAUGGCCGACGAGGAGGAACAGGAACCAAAUGAAACGUCAGAUAAUGCUGAAUUCCAAUCUGAACGCUCGGUCAGACAAGCUAAGAAGAACGCAAGACUAACUCAGAUGAUCCUGAAAAAUGAGAGAAAUGCCACUACAAGACUUGUUUCAGGAAUACUGAAAAAAUCAGCAAAUGAAAGGACAACAGAGGAAUUGGAAAUAUUGGCCAAGUCCCCUGAACUGACAAGUAGAUUACAAAAGUUAGCCAACAAAAGGGAUGCAGCAAAAUCAAGACAUCUUGAGGUCGAGGAUCCAGAGCUUGAGUUACAAUACAAGUGCCAACAACUUGCUGAAGCGAUUCAAAACUCAAGUAGUGUAGUAGUGUACACAGGUGCCGGAAUAAGCACUGCUGCCUCCAUUCCUGAUUAUCGAGGACCAAAUGGAGUGUGGACAUUGUUGCAGAAAGGACAACAACCUGAAGCCCAAGAUUUAAGUGAUGCAGAGCCUACAAUAACACAUAUGUGCAUUAGCCAGCUUUACAGAAAAGGACAUGUGAAGCAUGUGGUCUCUCAGAACUGUGAUGGUCUUCAUCUGAGGAGUGGAUUUCCAAGGAAAUACUUAUCAGAGGUUCAUGGCAACAUGUACAUUGAGGUGUGCAGUCACUGUAAACCUCAGGUAGAGUAUAUUCGAUUAUUUGAUGUGACAGAAAAGACAGGAGUUCGUCGUCACAGCACUGACAGAUCGUGUCACAUUUGUGGAAAGCCACUGAGAGAUACCAUUGUACACUUUGGUGAGAAGGGUGGGCUGAAAUCUCCAUAUAGGUGGAAGGAGGCAGCAAAAGCCGCAAACAACUGUGAUAUCAUUCUCUGUUUGGGAACCAGUUUAAAGAUAUUAAAGAAGUAUCCAUGCUUGUGGUGUAUGGACAGAAGACUUCACAAACGACCUAAAUUGUACAUUGUCAACCUACAAUGGACCCCCAAAGAUGACACAGCUACUUUGAAGAUAAAUGGCCGCUGUGAUGAUGUUAUGAGGAGAGUUUUUGAAAUACUUAGGAUACCAAUACCCUUAUAUAAAAGAGAAGAUGACCCAAUAUUCACUCUCUGUUCUGCUCUAAGGAAAACUGAAAGACUUUCAACAUCCAAGAAAAUACUCAAAAUACCAAAUACUCUUCAUAAAAGAAAAAGUAAGAGACAUCAUAAAGAAGUCAAUGUACUUGAUUUGCCUAAGGAGGAACCUCUAAAACAAGGAGAGCCAAGUGACUCUGUGAAAUGUUCAGUUGGGAACACUGUCCCUGUUCAAAUUCCUAUUUCCCCUGCAGCUACAGAAACCAGACAACCCCUAUUAUUAAACCCUAAUGGUUCAUUGUUCUCUCCUCCUCCUUCUUCUUUGAUGAAUGGAACCAGUCAACUACCAUUCAUGCACCAAUUUUUAAAUCUGAAUGCAUUAAUUCUUGCCAGAAACAUUCAACAGAUGUCCAGUCAGUUACUGAACAAUGCUUGUGAGAAGUGCGAGUUGAGACGAGAUCCAAACUGUCAAUGUGCUAUGACUUUGCCUCAGGGACUAGGGAUGCCACGUCUUUCAGGGUUGCCUCCAUUUCUUCCAUUCCUGCCACAACCAUCUUUACUGGAUUACUCCAGGAUGAGCAUGCCAAGCUUACCCCCUCUGUGGCAUCCAACUUCUCAGGGAAUGUUUCAAUAUCCCACUAGCACAGCUACAAACAGUGUGCUCUCUGUGCUUAAUGACCAUUGCUACCUCAACAAAGCUCAGAUGCAAAAACUGUCUCCUAAGAGUCACGUAUCCUUUGUACCUGUCUCACAACAGCAGUCACCCAAACAAAACAAAGUAAACCAAACUAAGUCUUCCGAUAACAAGAAAUCAAAUAACAGGACAAAGGUGGAAUCUCAUUUGUCUUCCCCAAAAGAUGAUAGACUUCAUGCUACCUCUGUAAAAUUUUCCUUAGAAAGUCCCGCUGAACAAGACUGUCAUCGUUUGAAUGUGUCUGACCCUGGCAUCCAAAUACAGAACAAUCAUGUCAAAGAGGAAAAGCAGGAACUGUCAGUAGACACGCACAGCAUUAAUGAAACCAAAUCACGAUCUGCAAUAGCGAAAGACAACUUGACCUUGGGAAGAUCUGUUUCUGAACAGUUUAUCUGUGAUAAAACAGAGGACGAUGACCAAGCAGUCCCAAGUAGAAAACGCAAAAUGGUUAGGAGCACCUCUGUACCAGGUUGGUUUGGAAAGGGGCUGAAUCUGAAAAAGAAAAGAAGAAUUUGAGAAAUAUAGUGUUUGUAGUGGAGAUUUUAGAAUUUUUUUGCUUUUUUUUUCUUAAAAGUUUUGUAAUUUUUGUUUCUAUACAAUGUUAUUUUAUGCUGGUGCAAUACUACUUUCCUCUUCAAAACAAAGUGUUGUUUGCUGAUCAUAUUGGGUAAUCUGAAUAUUCACUACAUGAUCUCAUAAUACUUGUAUACAGAUAUACAGUAGUAGUGUUAAUUACAUGUAAAUGAGAGCCUGUUGAGAGGAUAUUUAUUUCAUUUUGUAUGCAUGCCUAUAUUUUUGGAUGUUUUCUUGUUGUACUUAAAACACCUAUACUGAAGAUGUCGAAGGGUUCAGAUCGUAUUGGUGUUUCUAAAUUUGCAGAUGUACUUUUUUUGAAGGACAGAAUCUUGAGAUGGAUUUAGUAUCUCCAUUCUCGUCAGAUUUAUGUAACGGGUAAAUGGUUACUGAAUUUUUCUCUCCAAGGGCACACAAAUACAUGUAGAUUAAAAAAAGUUCAGAUAUAUUUUUACAAACCCAUCUAGGACUCUUCUAAUAAUGGUGGGUGCAUUCAGAUCAUUCCGAUAUGCACUGUAUUUAGUUGCAAAGUGCCAAAACAUAUCAUACUUCUUUAGUCGCCUACAGAUUCAGGCAGACACAUUGAGAUAUUUUGGUAAGUGGCUGUCUAACUGUGCGUGUGGUUUUAGUUACAUUUUAAUAGUAAAAAACCUGCAGGUAACAGGUUGUACCUUAGAAUGCAAGUUUAUAUGUAAGAGCAAAAUAAAUGAUUUGAAAAUGACAUUUAGAUAAAACUGGAAAAUAAUGCAUAUGCAACUAUUUCAUGUUCAUUGUAACACGAAUUGGUGCAAAAAUGAUGCAUGAACAAGGCGAUGAUGUACACUGUACCUUGCAACUGGCCAGUAGAACAAUUUGUAUUUUGUCUUUUUUAUUUCACUUUGUAAUGUUGAAUGAUGAUUUUAUAUUAUUUUGUUUUUAUGGUUUGUAACGGGUGACAGAUAACACAAGUCAUUUAUAAUUAAUAAGUUUUGUUGACGUCUGAUUUUGGAAUAGAAAUAAAACCUGAAAAUGGAACAGAAAGGAA